AUGGUAAAUCAGUCACUCAAUCAAUCAGUCAUUCAGUCACUCAGUCGCUCGGUCAAUCAGUCGCUCAGUCAAUCAGUCGCUCAGUCACUCAGUCGCUCAGUCACUCAGUCGCUCAGUCACUCAGUCGAUCAGUCGCUCAGUCAAUCAGUCGCUCAGUCAAUCAGUUGCUCAGUCACUCAGUCGCUCAGUCAAUCAGUCGCUCAGUCAAUCAGUCGCUCAGUCAAUCAAUCGCUCAGUCAAUCAAUCGCUCAGUCAAUCAGUCGCUCAGUCAAUCAGUCAAUCAGUCGCUCAGUCAAUCAGUUGCUCAGUCACUCAGUCGCUCAGUCAAUCAGUCGCUCAGUCAAUCAGUCGCUCAGUCAAUCAAUCGCUCAGUCAAUCAAUCGCUCAGUCAAUCAAUCGCUCAGUCAAUCAGUCGCUCAGUCAAUCAGUCACUCAGUCGCUCAGUCGCUCAGUCGCUCAGUCCAUCAGUCGCUCAGUCUAUCAGUCACUCAGUCAAGCAGUCAAUCAGUCACUCAGUCAGCCACAGGAAGAGAGAAAGAAGAAGCUGGUAACCAUGCCCAUUGGGCAUCGGGAGCCAAUCCCAAGGUCACCGACCAAGGGUACAAAGGGCACCUCCACGGUGCCCGCAACCAUCCACCGGGGCAGACGUGCGGCCGGGGCGGUGUCCGCAGGUCGCUCCUCUAG